AACCAAGAAAGGAAAAUACUCAAUGAACAGGUUUAAACUUUAAACUCAUUUCUAUUGGCGCCAAUUUUCCCAAUCUAUGAGACCGCAAAACUUGCUCCACCGCCCAUUAUCCACCCAAAAGUGCACCCUUGGCUGCCCGAUCCUCGACCGCUGCAUCGGCGGCGGUAUUCCCUGCAACUCAAUAACCGAGCUGGUGGCCGAAAGCGGCUCCGGAAAGACUCAACUCUGCCUGCAACUCUCCCUCUCCGCCCAACUUCCCACCUCCCACGGCGGCCUCUCUGCCUCCUCUCUCUACCUCCACACGGAAUUUCCUUUCCCCUUCCGCCGCCUCCGCCAACUCAGCACCGCUUUUUGCAAUUCGAAUUCCGCCCUUUUAGCAAGUAAUGAUCAUAAUCCUUGUGAUCAUAUUUUUGUUCGGAGUAUACAUUCUGUAGACCAAUUGCUCGAUGAAAUGCCAAAGAUAGAGUCUUUUAUUAAAAAUUCAAAAUCUCGACUGCCCGUUAGGCUCAUUGUGAUUGAUUCUAUUGCGGCUUUGUUUCGCUCUGACUUUGAGAACACACUGGGUCAUCUUAAAAAGAGGUCAUCUUUGUUUUUUAAGAUAUCGGGGAAGUUAAAGGCAAUGGCGGUGGGGUUUGGUUUGGCAGUCGUCGUGACUAAUCAGGUGGUUGAUUUGGUUGCGCCCAAUGAAGGAAUAAAUGGGUUAAGGAUUGGGAAUUUGGGUUGUUUGUAUUCUUCAGGAAGGCAGGUUUGUCCUGCUCUGGGGUUAGCUUGGGCUAAUUGUGUGAAUUCAAGGUUGUUUUUGUCGAGGAACGAGGAGUAUGUUAGUGAAGAGCAUCAGAUAGAGAAUGAUAGUGGUGAAGAUUUUGUGAGGAGGAGGACAAUAAGGCGGCUUUGUGUUGUUUUUGCACCUCAUUUGCCCGAUUCAUUUUGUGAGUUUGAGACCACAAGGGAAGGGGUUUUUGGAAUUCAGAAACAGUGGUAAGUUUUUAAGUACAAAUGCUGGCAUUUGAAGACUUGGACCGGGUCGGCUAGACCGUGAAUCGGUGGUUCAGACAGUUAAUUCAUAGGAAAAAAGUGUUUUAUGCAGGUUUUUGGAUUGGACCGCUGGUGGUCCGACAGUUCAUAGUCGAUUCCCCGUUUCUUGUGGUUCAUCUACUGCCUGGUUCAUAUAAAUUAAAAUUAAAAAAAAAAAAUCCCCAAAAUCAUCCGUUCAUUCCUCUACACUACCUCAACCCUAACCCUAACAAACGCAGCAACACCUUAACCAUCGUAAUCUCUAGACUUUGACAAAAGUGAGUUGACGACGGUGAGUCAUUGAUGUUUGAUUUCUUCUGCUGAAGUUUUGUUCUUUUUCUGCAUUGAGUAGCUGACUUCUUCUGCUGAAAACUUCACUGCAGCUGUGACUUCUUGUGAAGAGUCCGACAACAAAUCACAUUGUGUAAUAAUUUUUUGUGUAAUGAUUUGCAUAUUGUGUGUAAUGAUUUUUUGUGCCAAAAACGCCCCGUGCGGCUUUUCCAGACUUUGUUUUGUAUGAUUUUAUUUUUAUGUGUAACGAUUUGCAUAUAGUGUGUACUGUGUAAUAUGUAAUGAACAACUUUAUAUGGUUUAUUCCAGGAAGACAUUACUGAUC